CUGACAGGUGCCCGUUUCGGUGGGAGGAAAUCAAACAUGUUUACAACAAUGAGUGACAAAUGUACACAUUUCGGAAGAAUACCUGAACAUUGACUAUAAUCAUGCCUUCUUUUGUGUGGACACUGAUUAUCAUUGGUAUUCUGUUCUGGCUUCUGAGCAGGGUUAUUGCCUGGGUGAUCUCCCUCAUCCUGAAGAAGUACUUUGACAUCCAGGUCAAGUUUGGGAAGAUUGGCCUGUUCAACUUUGGAAAUGUACAGAUCAUCAUUAAGAGAGGAUUAAGUGUGGAACUUGACCGAAUAUGGCUAUCUAGCUGCUUUUUAAAUCCAGAAGUGAAGAAGCCAGUUGUGGUGUGUAUCCAAGAUGUCCGAGUUCAGGCUGAUGUUGGAAGAGACAAUGGAGAUGGCCAGGGCAGACAGACGCCAGACAGGCAGACACGAAGACAGGCAGAUCCACAGACACAGAGGCACAGGGACAUGACACAGGUGCUUGCUCUAGCACAGUUUCUAGGUGUGCGUGUACAGAACCUGACAGUGUUGCUGCUCAAGACGAUGGUGCCGGACUGCCUGAUACACAUCACAGGCCAGGAGAUUGCAGCAGACCUCUGUGUGGAAAACGACUGCUGUCUUGUGUCCUUGAACUUGAAUGGAAUCACAUGUAAAGCUCAUCGAAGUGUAGAGGAGGAGCCAUCUUCAGCCCCCUCCUGCCUCUGGGAAGUGUCUGUCUCGCUCUUCACGGAAAUCAAAGCUAACAAAGAAGAUCCUCGUAAAUUGAAGAUUCUUCGUGUACUGGUAUCCAAACCGCAGAUGAUGAUAACAGAAGGAUUUCUGGCCAGCCUGCAGAGCAUUGAGUCCAACAUGGCUGCUCCAGCAGACGCACAAAUAGCACCAACUGAAACAGAAAACUUGGAGGAACAGCCAAAGCCUAUUGACUUCCAGAAAUAUUCCAGUAUUCAAGAAGUUGGUAUAGACUUUACUGAACUUGAUGUGAAGAUUGUCAGGGAAAAGAAGCAACGGAGCCUGUCUGUAUCACUUAAGCUGUUCCAUGUGGGAUUCCACAACCAGAGCCGGGACCGAGCCACUGACCUGACUCUCAGUGUUCUGCUGGAAGACUUUUAUACCAGUUCUCCCCAGCACCACUUUGCUGGCUUGAAAAAGAUUGACAUCAAAACUCAGCUCCUGGGGGACCUGGUCAAUAUGAACAUCUCCGUCCUGAACGGCUUCUUCCACUACCAUCACGAAGAGGUCCAGUACUGGGUCCUGGUGCUGUCAAAGAUGUCACAGGGGGAGGUUACUCCACCUCCACCACCAAAGCCUGCACGUCCAUCACCAACAAAGUUGUUCCUGACAUCUUGGUUGCUGGGCAAGAAAUGCAACUCUGUGGUUGUGAUGACAGACCUGUCCUCCAUGUUCUCUACAGCGUCCUGUGCCGGCUUCAGGCUUGGCAUCACUAGGUCCAAACUCACCUGGUUCUUUAAACCCGGACUCAAAGGACAUGGUGAGCAGGCAGAAGAGGUAUCCUGGACUCAGUCACAUGACAUGACCUGUGAGCUGGAAACGGAAAAUAUCUACUGUUGCCAUGCCGACAAGAAGGUUGCCGUUGACAACCUGUCUCGUAAGAAACACUACUGGGACCAGGUAUUCUACCUGGGGAUCCUCAUACUCAAGGUUAGAGCUGGGAAUGCCCGGGAGUUGAAGAUAGAAGGCAUGAAGGACAACGUCCAGCUGGAGUGGUCAACCAACACGCUGACCUCUCUGCAGAGCCUCAUAACAAGCUUCAACAAGAUCAAACCUGCCCCCACCACCCAGGCUGUGUCUCCCCCACACACUCCUUCCCCUACCUCCACCCACACGACGACUUCCUUACUGAAUCAGUUCCUCAUCUCAGUCAAGUUUGAUGUGUCAGACCUCAAUAUAUUCCUGUGCAAUAAUUUCAAAGUGUGUUUGAUGUUACGAGUUGACAACAUCACAGUGGACCAUCGACAAUCUCUGUCUACACUGGCUGUGGAUGGAGCCAAGAUUGUCUACAUGCCUCAAGAAGAUGAUCAGUACACACUGACCCGGUCCAGUGAGCUGACCAGUCCAGCCGCUCAGAUCAGGGAAAUACGAGUCAAAGUCAAGUCUGCUGAAAAGGAGAUCCAGGUACACAUCCUGAAGGAGCUAGGGCUGGUGUGGACCACCUCCUGUCACAUGUGUCUGCAGCAGGCUCUACUUGACUUCACCCACCUGAAGGCAAUACUCAAAGCAAAAGAAGAAAAUCUUCUAUCACCCCCUGAGUCUUCCACUAAGAAGUCUUCCAGUGUCUGUGUGAACGUCCUGGUUCAUGCAGAAACCAGGCUGACCUUGCAGCUGUCUAGAGGACACAGUGUCUCCGUGACGACAGACAGCAUCCUGCUCACCGCCACUCUGCCUGACAUGUUGAUGGAAGUACAGAACUUCACCGUGCAGUUCGACCAGCAUCGGAUAAUUACCAUCAAGGACCUUGUAGUGGAAACUCUCCAGCCUUCAACACUGAGUGCUGUGCGACAAGGGAUCCGGAAACUCACCCUCCCCACAAACAAAGCAUGGAGCAUAUCAUUUAACAGUUUUGAGGUUGUGUUUCCCUACAAGUACAACUUUGCUGCCUGCUUUGAGGAGGUUAUGAACUUUGUGAAGUGGCUGAAGCUGGUGCACCACAUUAAGAAGAAACCCUUCACAGUUGACAGUCCCCUCCCUCCAGACCUGCAAAUCAGAGUCAAGUUCUUCAGUGUACAGAUCUGUGAUGACCCCUUUGAGGUUAAACUUGGUGACAACUAUGAGCUGCUGAAGGACGAAGGGGAACAGAAUGAGACGCGGCGGACACUAAUGGACAAGAAGAUUCUGGAACUGCAGAGAAAUAAACGCAGGAUUCCUUUGGACAAGCAGGAGGAGCUGUACCUGUCCCUGGCCAUGCGGAGUGCGGAGGUGUACAUCCAGCGGUGUCAGCAGCAGUACAGCAACACCCCCAUGAGGACCAAACUGUUCACCUGGACCUUUGAGGACCUGGAGAUAACAGCACUGGCUGACCGCUCCUACCACGGCAAGGAGAACGUUGUCAAGCACAUGCAGCAGGUCGACCCUGAUAGCCCGUACCCUGACGAGGGUCUGGAGUUCUCCACGCUGUGGUGCCGCAACGUAAACAUCAGCAUCAGAUCCUGGAUAGUGCGGCUGCGAGACUACUCCCAGCCAAUGAUAGACGUGGAGGACCUGAACAUGUGGGGCUUGUUCAUGGCUGCCGAGCAGGAAGGAAACAAGAGAGCCAGGCGGUCAUGCGUGGUUGAGGUGGAUGAACCAUGGGGCAACAUGUCCGUGGAGAGAAGUCUGCCCCCUCUCAAGUUCUUCUACGAUCUCAGCUGUGACGUUUCCUCCUUCACAAUGGCUUAUGGAGUAUGUUGGGAGCCCACUGCCGCUCUGUUCAACCUCUCCAUGGAUCUCAUCAACAAGCCUUCCAUCGACCCCAGCGCCCCGCUGCCCUUCUGGGACAAGAUACGUCUGCUGAUGCAUGGACGCUUGACCAUGUCCAUCCAGAAGAUGAGCUGGCAGUACCAUGCCUCCUUCGACCCCUUCAACACUACGGAACUCAUGGAUUGGACAUGGACAGGGGUUAUUGUUGACUGGACAAACGGUAAAUGGGUGUUAAAGGGUGACCUUGAUGUGUACACACGCACUGCCUCCAAGUACGACGAUAUCCGACUUCUGCAUCUGCCAAAUGUGCGGUUCUGUGUUCGCCUGGAGUGGCUGUGUCUGGGAGGGGCCAAUGACCAUCACUCUGUCAUGCCGUGCGCCCCUGAUAAGGUCCCGGACUACUCCAUGGGGGAACAUGACUCAUUCCGAGCUUUCCGGUCCGAGAACUUGAACCUGGACAUCAGCCUCGACACCAAGGACACGUCUGAGGACGACCCCAGGAUACCCAGCUGUACCUGCUAUGCGAGCACCCUGCGCUUUCUGGACAAGAUCAAGCAAUGUAUGUUCAGCACCACCCGCCCAGUCAGACGAGGGAAGCUGUUCAAUGUCACGUCACCCAGGAAGUUGCAGCUGACUAGACACUACAGAAAAAUCAAACUACACGUCAACUUUCAUCGCUUUGAGAUUUGUUACAAGAUGUCUUUCUCCAACCAACAUGGUGGUGAGCUGCUGGCAGACUCCUUCGUUCUACACAUGUGUAACAAGCUUACAUUGGUCCCCAUAGGGGACGGGCUGAGUCACCGCCCCCGGGCAGACUGGAGUGUCCGCUACCUCAACUGUGAGCUGGGCACCACCAAGCUCUGGCUGUGCAAGUCUCGGGCUGACCGGGAGGAAGAGAUGAAUGUAUCCAUUAGGAACCCGUUGGAGAAGAGUUUCUUCAUGAGCAUAGCAAGAGUGUCCUACCAGAGAUCUGAUUCCAGCUGGGAGAAUGAGACAAAGCUCGGCAGCAUGGAACCUGACGAGCCCCACCAGCGGGUCCAGAUCUAUGACAUGAAGGGUGCCUGGACCAAGAAGAACCGGAAUGUGGUCAUCAACUUGUACGACAGCAUCCAGAAGGCCCGCACUCUGAGACGGAAUGUGUCUUCCGAGGCCCUGAAGGGGUUCAAGGUGGAGGACAGUCAGAGGCCCGAACUCACCGUUUACGUCGGACUUCGCCCGAGUCAGACCAAGAUGCAGUCUGGCCAUGCCCUGUCCAUGUUGAUGAAGCUGGUGUCUGAGUCCGACAGCAAGUCGAUCGCCUUCACAGAGGAGCCAUCUAGUGACAACGUGGAGCAGCUCCGAGGUAUAGCAGCCUGUCAGACGGAUGACGUCCUGCGCAAGAACUGGCACAUCGAGCUCCACAACAGUCAGAUGUUGAUGAAGGGGAUCGAGACACCAGGCUACGUGAUCGUGAGUGCGGCCAAGGCACAGGUGCUGUCAUGUGACCAUCACCCAAUCUGGAAGCAGAGUCAACUGCGCAGCAAAACCACGUGGGUCAGCAGCGUGGAGUGCAUGCAGUACUAUGCCACAGUGGACCAAGGCCCUGACUUUGAUGAUGAGAACAUUCCCUGGCUGACCAUAGAGAAUGUUGAAGAUCGGUUUGAGGAGGAUCUGUCUGGCGUGCCCGAGAUGGUUGGCAGUGGCCACAGUGUAGGCGGAGUGGUUGGUGAUACCGUGGGGCCUUCGGAGGAGAGCUCCACCAGUGACGGCAUCCAGCUGCAGCGAAUCAUCUCCCGAUGUAAAUGUCAGCUGUUCUAUGUCAACUACGGCGAGGUGGAACCUGAGAAGAUGCCACAAGUACCCAAGCCGCCUGCCGAGGACGAGGACAUGAUGGGUGUGGAGGAAGGAGUGGACACCUUCACCCUUCUACAUCAUGACCUCAACAUGUGCUCCAACACACUUCAGUACUCCAUGAUCCUAGACAUCGUGAACAACCUACUGCUGCGAGUGGAGCCCAAGGCCAAGGAGGCCAGUGAGAAGCUGCAGAGUAUGAGGUUCAAGCUGAUGCUGUGUUGUGUGGAGGACCAGAAGACUCCCAUCCUGCAGCUUCAGGAGCAAGUCAGAGGGCAGGUGUUGCUGCAGCGGAAGCUAGAGCGGGAUCUCUACAUGAUUCACAAGGACCUGGAGGAAUGUCCUUCUGAAGAUGAUUUGUCUGAACGGAGUGACAUCUUGGAGAAUGAUGUUUACUCCGUCAAGGAGCAGAUCAACAAACUCAAUGAAGAGCUGUCUAUCAGAAUCAGUUGUUACAAGGAAAGUCAGUUGCAAGUCAAAGCCCAAAUGAAGAUGGAGAAAGCCCAGCAGGCCACAGUCAACAGACUCAACGAGGUGUGCUUCAAGUUUGCCCAGUGGAGACUCACAGAAAAAGAUGGCCAACUUGGGAUCACAGAUCUCACUCUCCGUAACUUUGUCUACACCAAGACCAACAGGGAUGACGACUCAUGGACCCAUCAACUUGAGCUGGGAUGGGUGAGGAUGACAAACCUCCUGCCAAGUUCUAUAUACAAGGACGUCCUUGUGCCUCGAGGUGCCCAGGACAAAGAUGUCGACAAGAGGAUGAUGACACUCAGGAUUGUCUGCAGUGAGAGACCUCCUGUGGGUGGCAUCGCUGUGAAGGAACACUUUGAGGUGAACGUUGUACCGAUACAGAUACAACUCACGUACCAGUUCUACCAAGCUGUCAUGGGCUUCUUCUUCCCGGACAAAAACAUUGAGACGGAUGACCAGCAAGAGGAGGAAGAAGUGAAGGGAAAGAAGAAGUCGGACAAGAAGGCCAAGAAGGAGACCCCGGUGAAGAAGGCUCCAUCGUUUAACAACACCGACGAUAUUGACAAGAUGAGGGAGCGUGCAGCUAACAACAACACGUUUGUGUACACCAAGAUUCCGGAGGUCAAUCUCAGGGUCAGUUACAAGGGUCAGAAGGACAAGAACAUCGAAGAUGUCCAUGAUUUCAGUUUUGUUUUGCCCACUAUGGAGUACCACAACUGUAUCUGGACGUGGUUUGAUCUUCUCAUGGCUCUCAAGAACCACAGCAAGAGGACGCUGUUGUCACAGGCUAUCAAGCAGAAGCUGCACAUGAAGUCCCGGGCCGGCGAUGAUGUACCACUGACUGAUGUACAGCAGGAGGAAGACAAAGCCAAGAUGCAGAUGCUGCUGGGAGCAAAACUACUUGCUGGUCAAGAUAAACCCAACAAGAAAAGCCUGUUUGGAAAAUCCCACAAGUCUUAGGCUUGGUCAGCACUAUCAGAAUGCUUGAGCACUACAAGUAGCACAUCAGUAAAGGUUGUUGAAUGCUUCAGUGAUACUCGUCAAAGUAUAUAUGCCAAAUAUAUAUGUAUAAAUAUAUAUGUAUAAAUGCCAAAGACUGAGGAUUGUACAGAUAUAUUUAUGAUGGUGUGAUGUACAGGUUGUGCCUUACACUAGAAUAUCCAUGAUAGUGAUAGUGGAAGCUGCAUCUGUUACAGGCUGUAUUUAUGAUACAUAUAUGUGCCAAAAUAUUCGUUUGAAUAAGGAAUGUUGAAUUUCCGAUCUCUUAGGUGGUUUGUUUGAUAAUGCAGGCGAUUAUAUUCCUUAUGCUAUUUAUAUUAUUUUACAUAUCAAAGCUUUGUGAAAGUGCUAUUUGAAAUAAUGUGGGUUAUUUCAAUAUUUGCACUUUAUUCCAUUUUCAUGUAUGUUUAUUUUCUGUAUGCUUGAUGCAGAUUUUCAGUUGUGAUCAAACCCAGUGGUUGAGAGUAUGAGCACCCAGCCCUGCAGGGCAAGAUAUAAGCUGGGGCACCCAGGUCAUUGUAGUCGGAACUUGGCCAGCAUCAGCUCGUGAGCCUCUUACUAUGUUGAUUUCGCACCAUGAUUCACAUGAUGCAGAAAGUGUUUUCAAUCUGUCAACGUUACAGUGCUGAUCAUAAAAGAUGCUGUCAGUAGAUAUAGUAUGAAUUGAUUUGGGAAUAUAGAUGGAUAUUUGUGUCUGUAAAUUGGGCAAUCUAAGUGAAUAAUUUGUGUACACCCUUUUGCCAUUCCACCUAGCCCUGCUUCAGUUGAUACCUGUGUCAGUUGAUACCUGUGUCAGUUGACCAGUCUAUUGCUGUUGUAUUCUCCUGUGGUAUUUUCAGUCUUUUCUUUUGCACAGAAAAUAUUUUCAUAAUCAUCAGUUUAAAGAAUACAUAAGCAUAAUUUCUGGGAUUAUAAGAUAAGACAUGUGAAACAAUUUUUGAAAGUCGCUAAAUUAAGCAUUGUGAGAAAUGCGUCGUAUUUCAAGUGUCAACACUAUGAGUCUGUGAUAUUUUUCCCCCAAAGACACAAUAUGGAACAAUGCAAUGUGUGCACUGCUAUUUUUAAAAAAAACACCAAAAUCCUAUUCUGACUAAGAUUUACUAGAUCAUAAACCAGAUUUAUUUAAUGUUAUAGAACCAGUUUUCUAAUCUAUGCAUGUUUUGUCAGUGGAAGCAAUAAAAUUUCUCUAAAAUUGUGACAUGAAACAUCAAUUAUUACAGAAUGUUGCAUGGAGGCUUUACAUAAAACUUGUGCAAUUCAUCAUUUUAGAAGCCAGUUCUGAACCAUAUAGUCUUUCAUUUCACUCAUUUAAUUUAAAAAUAAAUAUCUUUGAAAUGUA